AUGGAUUCCCAGCAACAAUCUGUCUACAACUACUCUCAACAGAUGGAAUCAACGGAACAACCUCCCAGUUCCUCUCAGCAAACUAAUGCAACAACUGGUGUUGUCUCCACCCCCAUUUACAAGGAACCACACAUUUUGGAUUGUGAACCACACAUUCAUCUUGCUACUCCCUUUGACAAGCUUGAGGUUUUGUGUGAAUCCUUGGUGGACUUUGAGAACAUGAAGCAGAAUGGAAUAGACCUUACUGAAGAACUCAAAAAGCAAGGGUGGGAAAACUACUUUCAAAGGAUCUAUGGUCAUAUCUAUACAUAUCUGGCUCGUGCUCUUGUCUCACAACAACAACCUGAACCAGAAGCCAACGUUCCACCACCACCUGAACAACCAAUUCCACCACCAUCUGAACAACAAUCAACACCACCAUCUGAACGAACAUCAACACCACCAUCUGACCAACAACCACCAACACCACCACCUGAACAACUAACAACACCACCCUCUAAAACUCCCAUCAUCUCACCCUCUAAAAACAUUGUCCCUACCUCUGAACCUCCCGCUGACACUUCCCACACACCACCAGCAUCUCCAUCCCCCACUCAUGAACCAGAACCUACCUUCCCCACCCUAGAAGAGGCAAUUUCUUUAUUUUCUGAAGAAGCUGGAGAAAGGCCGCAGGCACGACUGGUCAGAGAGGUAGAGGAAAAGGCCAGAAGAGAAGCAGAAGAGAAGGCUCGUCUAGAAGAAGAGCAAAGGGUUAGAGAAGCUGCAGAGAAGGUUGUUGUUGAAGUUGCUGCUGUUGCAGCUGCUACUGAAGUUGAAGCAAAAGCAAAAGCUGAUGUUGAAGAGGCAGUAUGCAAAGCUGCAAAAGAAGCUGCAAAGACUAGCAAUGAUGCUCUGGCAUAG